GGCGGCCGGAACGAGAUUUCUGAAUGUCGCGAUAGCCGGGCGCUGCGCUGUGUGGCUGGGUGGUUGCUGCGAUACCGGUGCUGUUGGCGGCGGAGGCUUAAUGGCUGCUUGGGAGUCUGAGAGAAGUUCAAAAAGGAACAAAUAUGGCCAGCACUCACAGACCUCCAAUAGCUCGUCCUUCUUCAAGAGCAGGAAUAGGGCUGACCACAAGGCCUACCUCUUCAUCAAGGACUCCAUCAGCAACCAGAAUAGGAACAGGGCUGCCUCCUAGUACAUCAAGACCCGGUUCUCGUGGUGGUUCUUCGGCUACUGGAGGAGUCUUAUCAUCUCAGAUUAAAGUUGCAGACCGUCCAGUGACUCAACAGGGAUUAAGUGGAAUGAAAACUGCAGUGAAAGGUCCUCAGAGACAGAUAAUGGAUAAAACAUAUUACCUUGGACUGCUGAGAAGCAAAACAAAUGAACUCACAACAGAAAUUAACAAGCUGCAGGAAGAAGUAGAAAUGUACAAGCAAGAGAAAUCUGUCUAUUUGUCAUAUGAAAAAAGGGCAGAGGCUUUAGCUGGUGAAAUCAAAGAAUUUCAAGGUCAGCUAGCAGACUACAACAUGGUUGUGGAUAUACUUAACACCAAUACGGAUAUGGCAGAAGUGAUUCGAGAUUACAAUAUGUUAAAGGUUCAGAAUGACCGAGACACUCAGAGCGUGGAUAAAAUUUUCACAGAAAGACAAGCCACAGAAAAGUUAAUUCAAGCUGUAGAAGAAGAUAUUGAACAUGAAAAGGUUGUAGCAGAUGACAUAAUAAAAGACAUGUCACAGGAAAAUCAAGCUAAAUAUAUGGAGAUGAAGGCUGCAAAUGAAAAACUCUCCCAGGAAUUGGUUGUUCAACAGCAAGAAUUGGAUGCACUAAAUGUAAAGGAGGAGGCUCUAAGAGCUGAAAUAGCACACUCCCAGGUGAAACAGGAGGCUGUGCAGCUGUAUGAAAAGCUCCAUGGACUCGAGGAACGUCGAGAUCAAAUGGUUGCUGAGGAUAAGAACAUGGAAUCUCCACAGGAGGAAAGAGAGAGAUUAUUAAAGCAGGUUAAGGACGAUAGUCAAGAAAUAGCAAGCAUGGAAAGACAGCUGACAGAAGUAAAAGAAAAAACAAACCAUUUUAAAAAGGUCAUUCAACGACUUGAUAUGGAUCUGGAGAAUCACCAAGAAGGAGAGGAAAAUUGGAAAUACAAGGAGCUGAAGAAGAGGGAAGAAAGCAUGGACAAUUUUCUUGAGACUUUUGAAGAGGUGAAGAAUCAGGAAUUGGAACGAAAGGCCCAAAUAGAAGCCAACAUUGUUGCACUCCUGGAGCACUCAAGCAGGAAUGUGAAUCGUAUGAAACAAAUUUCAUCUGUUAGCAAUCAAGAGCUGAAGAUUAUGCAGGAAGACCUCACUUUUAAAUCAAAUGAAAUGCAGAAAUCACAGAGCACUGCUAAGAAUCUGAUUACAGAGAGUCAAAAACUGCAGAUGGACCUACAGAAGAUGGAACUUUUGGAGGGCAAGAUGGUUGAUGAACUGGCUUCUCUUAAAGAGAAAAUCGAACAAACAAAAACGGAGUUGGAGGUCUAUAAUAAUUUGCCAGCUCUGAAAGCAUCAGGAGAAGAAAAGAAAAAGAGACUCCAGAAUGACAAAGAAAAAUUAACAAAACGUAGCCAUGCUUUCAAGAAAAUAAUGGAACAUUUGAAUACAGAGUAUGAGACACUAAAGAGAGAGCUGCAAGAGAAUGAGACACAUUCUCAGCUUACAAAUUUGGAGAGGAAGUGGCAGCACCAUGAGCAAAAUAACUUUAUGAUGAAGGAAUUCAUAGCAACAAAAAGUCAGGAGAGUGACUACCAGCCAAUAAUGAAGAACGUGAGAAAGCUGGUCACAGAAUACAACAAAGCUCUCAUAGAAGCUUUACAGAACACCAAGAACUGAAGCCAGGCGCUUCCUUCCUGCCCCAAUGGACCAAGAAUGAGAGAUGUGCACAGGCAGCAUGGAAAGCUGGACUACUGAGCUCAUUUGCUCACCACUACAGUGACAGAUAUUCUUAGAAGUAUUUUUCCAGGUUUUUAGAAGUCACGGGUUUUAAUAGUAUCCCUCCUUUUGCAACAUUUAAAAAUUUUAGAAAUAAGCUUCUGAAUUUUAGAAACUUGUAGAAAUAAAAAGGAAAUACUGCACGAGUGUAAAAUCCUCAGAACAUUUUACUGAGGCCCAUCACUGGAUUGCAUCUCAAAUGUGAAACUUCAGUCUGCUUUACCCAAUGAAUCUCUAAUUGUCUUGUAGUCCUAUCCUUGCCAAACAGAAUAGGAGUGUUCCCUGAAUAAGGACUGCCUGACAGGUUCUCAUGUGCAUUAUCUUAAAUGAAGUGUAUAAUAAGAUAAACGGUGAUGUCAGCAUACCAUCCCUAAUUAAAUAGCAAUUUAUAACAAGUAAGGAAAACAUCUAAGGAUGUGAAGCAUACUUUUAAGUCAGAAUUGCUUCAUAGUAUAAACUCUUAUAAUAAAAGCAAAUAUACUUUGGAUCUGUCAGCAAAUUUUCAUUUCCCAAUGGAGAACUGAUUAACUUUUUUUUUUACAUUUUUUAAUGUAAUUAUAAGGAGUGAAGUGCGAUAAAAAGUAGUGAAACAUAGCUGAUACUGACCUUGUGCGGAGCAUUUUACUUUUGUAGUAUUCACCAAUAAAGGAAAUAAUAGGGAAAAAAAAAUUUGUAUUUUCUGCAAUGUUUUUUUUCCUCAGGUUUCAAGCUGCAGUGUCAUAUGCAACCUCUACUUUGACAAAAAUACAUAGAAAGAGAUUCAGCAUAGAACAAAAACAGGACUGAUACAGAAACAAUGUGCUUUAUGAUACAGAAAUUUCAGAAAACGUUUACAUAAAACAAAAUCUCCAUGUAUAUAUUUCCUUCACAUUCUACAUGUAAUGUAAUUAUAAACUACCUAUUGAUAACUUCCUCCACCUGGUAUGUUGUAAACUAGUCCUGAUCAAAGAGAAAAAAGCGCAGUUGACUACAGAUAGGAAUCUUAGCCAGAUGUUAAUCUAGCCUUUUACAAAAAAUAAUAAAAAACAGUGGGGUCUGGAUUUAUAGUUGUUCUGCUCUCUUAGAAAGUUUUCUGAAAAAGAAGUAGACUAUAUGCUUCACUUUAUAGAACUGGAGUAGACAAAGAAUUAGAAAAUGCACUGAUUCUGUUAAAAUAGAAGUUCUGUAUUUUUGUCACUAAAUUUCUCCAAAUCUAUGAUUGUCAUUUUGAGAAUA